AUGUUCAUUACUCGAUGACUUUUCUCUACUAAUCAUAAAGACAUCGGAACUCUUUAUUUACUAUUUGGUGCAUGAGCAGGAAUAGUUGGCACAGCUUUAAGUCUCUUAAUCCGAGCAGAACUAGGUCAACCAGGCACCCUUAUCGGAGACGAUCAGAUCUACAAUGUAAUCGUAACUGCCCACGCUUUCGUUAUAAUUUUUUUCAUGGUUAUGCCUAUUAUAAUUGGAGGUUUUGGAAACUGAUUAGUUCCCCUAAUAAUUGGAGCCCCUGACAUAGCAUUUCCUCGAAUAAAUAAUAUAAGCUUCUGACUACUACCUCCCUCAUUCCUUCUUCUCCUUGCAUCUUCGACCGUUGAGGCCGGAGCUGGGACGGGAUGAACAGUUUAUCCCCCCUUAGCAGGUAACCUAGCUCACGCAGGGGCCUCUGUAGAUUUAGCUAUUUUCUCACUUCACCUGGCAGGUAUUUCAUCCAUUCUAGGUGCUAUCAACUUUAUUACAACUAUUAUUAACAUAAAACCCCCUGCUAUAUCUCAAUAUCAAACACCACUAUUUGUCUGAUCAGUGAUGAUUACAGCAGUGCUCCUUCUACUUUCAUUACCAGUGCUGGCGGCAGGCAUUACAAUGCUACUAACAGACCGUAAUCUAAAUACAACAUUCUUUGAUCCUGCUGGAGGAGGAGACCCUAUUUUAUACCAACAUUUAUUCUGAUUUUUUGGUCACCCUGAAGUUUAUAUUCUAAUUUUACCAGGCUUCGGAAUAAUCUCUCAUAUUGUUACAUACUAUGCAGGUAAAAAAGAACCUUUCGGUUAUAUAGGCAUAGUCUGAGCAAUAAUAUCUAUUGGUUUCCUAGGCUUUAUUGUAUGAGCUCAUCACAUAUUCACCGUAGGUUUAGACGUUGACACACGAGCAUAUUUCACAUCAGCCACCAUGAUUAUUGCCAUUCCUACAGGCGUAAAAGUAUUUAGCUGAUUAGCUACAUUGCACGGAGGUAAUAUUAAAUGGUCCCCAGCAAUAUUAUGAGCCCUAGGCUUUAUUUUUCUCUUUACAAUUGGAGGCCUGACAGGAAUCGUAUUAGCUAACUCAUCCUUAGAUAUUGUUCUCCAUGAUACAUAUUACGUAGUAGCUCACUUCCACUACGUCUUAUCUAUGGGUGCUGUCUUUGCUAUCAUAGGAGGCUUUGUCCACUGAUUCCCUUUAUUCACAGGCUAUAUACUAAAUGACACCUGAGCAAAAAUUCACUUCUCUAUUAUAUUUGUGGGUGUCAAUAUAACCUUUUUCCCACAACACUUCCUAGGACUCUCAGGAAUACCUCGACGAUACUCAGACUACCCAGAUGCUUAUACAGCAUGAAAUAUCUUAUCCUCAAUCGGCUCCUUCAUCUCUCUUACAGCCGUAAUUCUCAUAGUAUUCAUUAUCUGAGAAGCAUUCGCAUCCAAACGAGAAGUAUCUUCUGUAGAAUUAACUACUACUAACAUUGAAUGGCUCUAUGGUUGCCCUCCCCCAUAUCAUACGUUUGAACAACCAGUCUUCAUCAAAGCUUAA